GCGCAGUACCGCCGCGGCCCGGAAUCACUGCUCGCAGCCGCUUCCGCCCACCUCAGCCGGGCCGGCGGGACCAUGUCGGGCGCGGCGGGCUCCGGUGCUGCGGGCGCGGGCUCGGUGGGCUCGGUGGUGCGGCGUUUCCUGGCCGAGUACGGCAGCGGCACGCCGAGCCGCCUCAAGGUGCUGGACGCCUACCUCCUGUACGUGCUGCUCACCGGGGCGCUGCAGUUCGGCUACUGCCUCGGCGUCGGCACCUUCCCCUUCAACUCCUUCCUCAGCGGCUUCAUCUCCGCCGUCGGCAGCUUCAUCCUCGGUGUCUGCCUCCGGAUCCAGAUCAACCCCCAGAACAAAGGCGAGUUCCAAGGCAUUUCACCAGAGCGGGCGUUUGCUGAUUUCCUCUUUGCCAACACCAUCCUCCAUCUCGUCGUCAUCAAUUUUGUUGGCUGAGCCUAGAAGAGACUCUAAGGUACUGAUCCAUGUGGUCACAAAAGGGGGAACCGCAGGUCACAGGACUGCAGUACUUCUGUCCCUGGGAGAGAACUAGAAAGAUAGUGAAUCCAGAAGGCCUAGCUCCCAGCUUUGUCUUGGCCAAGUACAGUAAAGCUUUUGGGUUAGGAUUUAUGGCUUUCUGGUUUCAUGCGUGUACUUUUUUUUUUUGGCUUUUAUCAUUUAAAAAGCAGUUUAACUAAGAGUAUUAUGUAGACUCGCUCAUGUUUCUCUCUUAUGAGAUAAAUACGCUGUUCUUUGAAAGAGAGGCUUUGGAAGCUGGAAGUCCUGGGCUCUUUGGGUGAGGAUUAUCCUAUUUGGAGGCCAUGGAAUGGCUGGCGUCUUAAGUCUGGAGUUUCUCAGCAGAUGAGAGCAGGGAGUUUGGUGCUGGAAAAUGGAGGAUGUGCCCUGUUGUUACUGUUGCAAGGGGCUAUAAGAUCAUUGGGGCCUGUGGGGUAUUUCCUCUCCCAUUGCAGAAGCCUUGCUCACAUUGCCUUUAUUUCUUUCUUUCCUACCAGGUCUUGAGCUCUGAUGUCAAACUUGGCAUUGGGAAGUGCUGUUCCCCAGCAGAGUCUUACCUACUUCCUUGGUGGAGGAAGGAGACCCAGGGCUCAAGAUUUCUUUCCCUCAGACUGCCCUAUGGAGGGGUCUGCUGCCUUGUUACAGUGACUGUAAUCCUUUCUGUCAAUAAAAACCUUUAUGAUA